AACCGGGUUUUGGGUGGUGACUCGUCUUCGGGUGUUUAGUGAAUCCUCCUGGCCUCCUUUUAUUUUGAGGCAGGCAAGUCAGCCAAGUGUAUAUCAAUGUGCCUAGGACGCGUGUAGUCGCUACUGAUCGGGACGUUGGUGAACUGGGGCGCGUGCGAUUGUUCGAGUGCGCGCGAAGCAGCUGCCCUACCCGAUGGAGGUAGCAACAGCGGCUGUCUUCGUUCACUUCGUGGUGGCGGUGCUUCAUCGGAUGACAGCGAGCCCAUCCUAGCUACGGAAUGCGCAUCGACGCUCUCGGGUCACUCGUGCAUUAGCAUUCGUACAACUCACUCCCUCAUAGGUUCCCACCGAUUUCUUAAAUCGCCCGUCGUUUUUCAUUCGUCGUGGGCAGCGUUUAUGAUUUUGGGGAGUGCCGGUUCACGGCGAAAGAAGAGACCGAAGUUCAAGGUUGGAGGCGCCCCUGUGCCGCUCGCACAUUUGUUGCUGGUGCUACCGCCGUCACUUGGAAGACGACGACCAUGGCGAGCAGCGACGUGAUCGAGGUGUUCAUUGAGACGCUGCACGGCACCGCCUUUGAGCUACUCGUCUCACCUGCGGACACUGUGGUUUCGAUCAAGUCGAGGAUAUCAAGACUCGAAGGUAUCCCAGUGUCCCAGCAGCACCUGAUCUGGCAGUGCCAAGAGCUGCCAGAUGACUCAUCCCUGCAUGAAUGCAACAUCACUGAUGGAGCCACCAUCAAGCUCGUGCUGGGUAUGCGAGGAGGCCCCAUCAACACCCGCAAAGCCUACCUGGAUGAGCGGCCAACCCUGAAUGAUGUGGCCAAGUAUCUAGACACCAAAGGCGAGGAGAUGAGCCUGAAUGUCCCUCGAGUGCGGGCAGUGCGCCUGGUCGUGAUGCGAGACGGGGACAAGGUGCAUUUGUACACUGUACUGGACAGCGCUCCUAGGUCGCCUUCGGGGCUGCUCAGGUGCAGUGAGGACAACACGCCUCGGGAGCUGAGCGAUGAGGACAGCGCCUCCGAGAGCCGCCGGCACAGAGAGAACCAGAUCACCCGCCAGAAGCUGGAGCAGCUGCAGAGGAAGAUGCGUUACUGCCGGCUGCGCAAGGAGGGUCAGCCUGUGUUCAUUGACCUGGCUACAGAAGAAGGCACUAAGGCUAUCGCCACGGCACCAAAGGCUCUCCUGCCACCGCUCGAGCCGCCGAAGGCCCGACCUCCAGCAAAGCGGGAUGAGGAUGCUGUGGAUCGGGCGCCUCGGCCGAUCAUGCCACGAAGCCCUCUCCCACCAUCUAAUGUGCCAGUUUUUGGAAAGAAGAAAGCUGAGAAGGCUUUGGGCAGCACGGUGCUUCCCCAGCUGCAGACAGCGUCAUCUGGCUGCAGCCGUAUUACUCCUCGCCACUGGAGGUCUCCGUCAUCCCUCCAGAGCCCAAGAAAGCACCUUUUGCCGUCAUAUUUCAGCGGCGGUGGUCAUGUGACCCACCAUCUACCAGCAGCUGUUGCCAGAGCUGAAGCAUCUGGGGCAUUGCCCAAACGCACUGAACGGAGUGCUGGGGUCCUGCACAGUCGGGCUGGUGCUGGCUUCCAGGGACGCUGCCGUAAAGUUCUCUUGCUGGCCACUCUUGGGCCAAUGGGUCCAUCAUCAUCCCGUUGUGCCUCACUGCCCGAAGAAGGCACUGCCUGCACUGCUGAGCCUGGGCGCUACUAUAAGGUGCUGCCCCCUGUGGGCCGUCAGGAGCAAGGUUGCCUGCCAUGCCUGCCUCCUGACUGCGAACGGCAGCCUGGUCAAGACCUGGCUUCUGCUGUGGCAUCAAUGCUAGAGCCACUCGAGCUGGACUGGGCUGACUGUGGCCGGCCCCGGACCGCUCCGGCACGUUUCGUGCGUGUAUCGGUCAUCCAGCGUACCAAAGCGACCCGUCCCAUUGUGUCCUCACCAUGCACUCCCGACAAAGGCCAUGCCUGCAAUGCAAAGACUUCAUCGGCAGCUGCAAGUGCCAAGAUGGCUGGGGAAUCUGCCCUGCCUACCUCUCUGCCCAUGAAACCCCCACCGCUUGCUACUGUCCCAUCCAGUCCACUGCCAACUAGCCCCAAGCCAUCGCGUCCAAUCUCAUCAGCCACGCUUCCCGAGAUGCCUCUAACUGCUGUGGAUGCCUGCCGCCAUGACCUGGCUGCUGCACGGAAACCCCCUCCUCCAUCAGCUGGAAGUGCUGAGGGCAUCCGCUGGGCAUUGGGCGAUGGUGGACGUCGCACCACAGUGCCGUCGCCGAAUCGGCUUCGUGUGGCCCCACUGCUGAAGCGUGUCGUGCAGCAGGAGCUGUGGAACCUAGAACAGGAGUUGAACAACAGUCUGUCGCGCUGGGCACGUCUGGCAGCUGAUAACGAUGGGGAUGAUCGAAAGACACCACCACCAAAUAACACCAUGCCGACAUCUAAUGGCCCUUCAAAUGGGAGCCCCGAGAGGUCUGCUGGAUCUUCGACAGAUGCCUCUGGAUCUUCUGUCGCUGGUGCCAGUGUGGCUGCAAUGCCUGCCGAAGGGAGCUCUUCGGCAGUUAGUGCAGCUGGGGCAGCUGGCUCUAUGUCAGCUGAGACAUCUGCCAGCAUAACUGGGACCGCCAGUGGCAGCGGCAGCAAUGUGGCACUGUCCGUGGACGUGGGCACUGUGUCCUCUGCCGAGCUGAGUGCUGGAAAUGGAAGCGAACUCCUGCCAAUCCAGCUGGACGAUGACUCAAGCAGCACCUCAGAGUCCAAGACUGAUGACAUGCCAGUGGACCCGCUGCACCCAUCCCCUGGCAAGGCCAAGAAGAAGGGCAAGCGGUGCUCCUGGUGCAACAAGAAGACUGGACUGGCAUCCACUUAUGUUUGCAGGUGUGGAAGCACGUUUUGUGCUACUCACCGUUAUGCUGAGGCACAUGCAUGCUCUCAUGACUACAAGGCAGAGGGGCGCUACAUUCUGCAGCGUAACAACCCUGUAGUCAAGGCAGCCAAGUUGCCCAAGAUCUAGUUCCUCUGUGACCGAUGGACAGGAAAUGGACAUCGACGACUAUGCCUGCUCUGGAGGGGCGGGCUGUGUGCAACCCUGUUCUUCUCCAGCCAUGCAAGCUUUUAUUUUUCUCUCAUUGACACAAGCAUGACACUAGUUUCAACUCUUUAUGCAAGCCCAUGGUUUUCCUGGCUGGAAGAAUUAUUUGCUAGCAAAAGAACUGCUAGUGUACAACUUGCCACCAGACAGCUGCGCACUUGCAGACGACUUGUCGACAAAAGACCUCUCUGCCUCAGAAGAUGUGUUGAUUGGUGGACCGGUGAUGCAACCCGGAGGACUAAAGUGGGCGACUGUGACCAUGCAACUUUUUCUUCUCAUUUUUCUUGUCUUUUGUGUGGCUUUGAAUUUUCAGCAAAGCAGUCCUUGCAGUGACACAAGGCACUUAUGGGGCACUAUGUUGGUGCAUUUGUAUUGCCUUGUUCUCUUGCCUUUUUUUUUUUCUUCCUACCAAUUAGGACUGGGAUCUUCUGGUUGCCAAGACUGGCUGCUUCUCUUCCCAUUUGGCUUGAUACCUCCAACUUUUUUUUUUUACUAGGACUAAUGUUUUUGAAAUUCUAUCUGAAUAAAUUGUAGUACGUCUGGAUAUUUGAAGUCUCUGUAUGGCAUGCCUUUUGCAUGCUGGUCAUUUGAAACAAUAUAAAAUAAAGUUGGGCUCAUUGAAUGCUCAGUGGCUUUCAAGAUUGCUGCCUUAAGUCUGAGGAUGAGACAAAUAUACUUUUGUCUCUGGAAAUGUUUGUUGCAUCUAAAUGUGCAAAAUGCACCGAGAAUAAGGAUAUUCAAGAAAACAUUUUCAGCAGUAGGUUUAUCACAGAUUAUUGCCCAUCAGCAACAGCAGGCACUGAAAGCAAGCUUCAGCCAAAGCUGCCUAUGGCUUCGUUAGGAACUUUCAUUGUAGAAGAGUCUUGUUGGAUGUGAAACAGAGGUGUACAUUGCAUUUACUCUACAUUGUGUGAUAUCACUGCAGCCAGGUAUUUUAAAGAGGUCUUUCUCCUCUGAUCAUGCUUUCAAGAGAAAAUUGUGUCGUACUUCUUCAAUCCCUGUUCCUGCUCAAAUUCAACAAAUGACACUUGCUGCCUGCCAUUCAGUGUUUACUGAAGGCGUUUAGCCAGGAAUCCUAUACUCAAAUCCAAAACUGGACUUCUCCAUAAAGUGUUAACACUGGCUAAGCAUUCAGAGUAGAUAGCAUUGCAUAAAUACUUGGAUGUUCAAGUAUUCACUCCCCUUCUUUUGACCUGUGUCUGCCAAUUAUCAAUUGAUUCUUAUCAGAGCCAGAACAAAACUUGUUACACUGCACAUUUUCAAUCCAGGAUGCUGUGGCAUUGCUGGUCAUAUUGGGAGUCCACUGGCAUGGUGGUGGCAUGACUGAUAGGGCAUGGUUUUCAUGAAUGACAAUAGAAAUAGGAUAUGGAACCACAUUGACAUUGUUCUGCCCAUUUGGUUCCUUCUGUAUCCUGUGUUUUGCUGUUACAUCUGCUACUUAUCAAGAUGUGUACUAACCAGCCCUACUGAGCAUGCUGUCAAAUAGUGUGCAUUUGCAGUGCGGAAGAAAGUACACGUGGUCAUUGCCUGCAACAUUCUACCGCGGUAACAUGCAAAUCGACACUGAAAUAGAGUUAAACCUUGAUAUAACAAGUCUGUAAGAUCGACCAUUUGAUUCGUUACAUAGAAAAGUUGUAUUAGAAUUCGACCUUUUGUGCAAAUAAGUACAGUCGCCAAUCGAUUUUUCUGGCAUGGAAAGGGGCUGCAGAAUUUUCUGAAUUAUCAGGCAAUCUAAAAAAGCAAAUUUGAAUGAGAAAACAAUUCACUUUGAUAAAUUUGGGAGAACGCUAUCGCAUUGUGCUCAGCCGCCGCUGAUAGCGUCACCCAUACUGGGACAACGCUAUCAAGAAAACCGCCCGUAGUGGGGAGGGAAUGCUUAGUCUUCCUCUUGCUGCAACGGGCCACUGAAAUUUGAGAUUGCGCAACCUCCAAUACUAAACACGCGAGAAGACUGCCUACAAGAUGCCACGCUGUCUUGGCAUGUCCACUCUUUGCUUACACGCCAGAUUACCUCUAAAGCAAAGUGCGCGGCUGCGUAUGCACUCAGCCAUGCGCAGCCACGGCCAAGACGAGACGCACACCAACUUACCCCCCCCCCCCCCCCCCCCCCCUUCGUGCACCUGCUUGAUCGCAUUACCUAGUGCUCGCCCUCUUUACCCCUCUUUCUCUUUGAUCCUGUGGGAAGGCGGCACUUUGUCAAGCCCACCACCUUGUCUCACCCUUGCACACUUUCACUCGCACCUAAAGCACACAGUGUGCAGGGCGCGAUAGGAUCUUAUCGCACUUGUACUUUAUAUGGAACAUGAUGCGACUCCACUUCGGCGGCCACUUGUUGCGGGGCACCCGAUUUGAGAGGUGCAUUUGCAAGCAGCCGCUUGUGAUUCAAUCAUUCGACCAUCUGAGUCCGCAGAAGUUUGCAUUUAUUGUCUCGGCAUUCCUUUACGGCGGCAGUGAAAUUUCGUUAUAUUGAAAUCUGAUACACACUUCGUUAUAUUGAGGUUCUAAAUACAUGGUGUUCUAUGGACAAGAGGUUAUGAAAAGUUAUAGUUUGUUAGAUCGAGAAUUUCGUUGUAUUGAAGUUUGUUAUAUCGAGGUUUAACUGUAUAUAGAUGAAUAAAAAAUUUCAGUAUAGUGACUAAUACCCCAGUAAGAUAUGUAAAUUUAGUGUCACUUUGAGCGAAUGUACUUCGCCAGUACUAGUGUCGUUCGCAGGCUGUCAGAUGAAGGUUUAGUGAUGCUUGCCAUCGAGUGUGUUUGUCAAACUCACUGUGCUGCAUCGAAGUGUGUGGCCUCAAUAGCAGUACUUCAAAAAUAAAUUAUACUCCGUACUUUGCCCACCUGAGGGCGAAGGGGGAGAUCUUUCUCUCUCUCCUUAGUUCACAAAUAAACAUUUAUUUCUCUCUCUCUCUCCA